CAGAAAAGGAAACAACACAUGAGAAGGGAGCCGAUAUAAGUCGAAAGAGAGAUGAUGAAUGUGCACACAAACGACGCUUGCUUUCUUACAAUUAUCAUUAUGGGAGGCGAAAAAAGGAAAAUAGAUAUUAAGUUUAUCGAAGACAAAGCAGUAAGAUCAGUUACGUUUUGUAAACGACGUGAGGGUCUCUUCAGCAAAGCUUCUGAGCUCUGUCUUCUCUCUCCCACCACUCAAAUCGCAAUCUUAGCGACUCCUCCUUCUACCAAUUCUCACGCUGGUUUCUACUCCUUUGGCCAUUCCUCUGUCGACCACGUCGUCUCUUCUCUACUUCACGACCAGUCUCCUGGUGAUCCGACAAACCAAGUAGAGAACAGAAGGUUAGGCUUUUGGUGGGAAGACCAAGCCUUGGAAAGAUUGGAGAGCGUCGACGAGUUGAGAGAUGCGACCGAUGCGGUUACUAGGAUGUUGAACAAUGUGAGGUUACGAUUAGAUGCCGUGAAGGGUAAUCAAAGAGGUGGAGCUUUAGUGAUCCAUCAAGAGGACGCUCGGGCUCCUAAGAUUCGUAACACCAACAAGGAAAAAACGAAUCAAAUUACUAAUUCUGAAAGUGCUAAUUCAGGUUUAGUGAUCCAUCAAGAUGAGGUCCCUCAGCUUUGUAACACCAACACGAACUACAAAAACGAAGAGACGACCACUCAAGUUGCUAAUUCUGAAGGUGCUUCUGGUUCUGGAAGUUCGGUAGAGAAAAAUGAUGAUGUUCUCCAUAUCGAUGAUUUGGAUAUUGAUGAUUUUUUCAUUGAUUUUAAGUUGGAUCCAUUAUUUAAAUUUUGAUGAGCUAUCUCUAUAAUAUUAUUUGAGAAGUCAGUUUCCUAUGUGUCGCUCUCAUAUUAACUCUCAAGAUGGUUGAUUACACUGAUACCCUUAAUGAAUUAAAAAUAUUAAAUACUAUUAUUCAUUUAUUUAUUUAGUUUCCUUUUAAAAAAUUUCCAAAAACAUAUACAUAUAAUAAAAAAUGAAAGUUUUUAUAAAGUUAAAAAAAAAACAAAUUGAAAACGAAAAUAUAUGUAUCAAUAAUAUGAUUU